AUGUGUCGCGGCUGCUGCCGCUGUGCCGCCAGCAAGCUCGACCCCCCUAAUUAUGGGGAUGCUUUGCCUGCAGCUCUGGUGGAGCUGGUUAGAAACAGCCCCAUUUCCUCCAUCGAGGACCUCCAGCUGCUGCUGCUCUCUGACUCCGUAGAUGAGGAGGACGGGACUGCUGCAGCCAUGGAAGGUCACAGAUUACCACGGAGUCUUGAUGCCCAGUUGGCCCAGCAGGCUUUGUGUAAAGUUCGCACAGAGGUGGUGGAGGUCACCAGGGCCAUGCUGGACCGCAGCAACGCCCACUUCUUGCUGUGGCCGCCGUGCGUCGAAGUGCAGCGCUGCUCGGGCUGCUGCAACACCAAGAGCUUGCAGUGCGUCCCCAUCAUCACACACACCAGAUACCUGCAGGUGAUGAAGAUCGAGUACGUCAACAAAAGGCCCACUUAUGCCAAAGCGGUGGUGUCAGUCGUGGAUCAUGUGGAGUGCAGAUGUCAGGGUGCUGCAUGGCCCCCUGCGCCCAAGAAGAAAUCCUCUCGCAGGCAGCACAGCCACCUGCAUCGGAAUCAAACCCUCAGUCAAGAUCCUGCUCAGGGACAGGUAAAGAUGUUACUGCGCAUGCUCUCCGUUACCGCUUACCUCACCAAGCAGUGCAGCAUCAGCUGUAACAAAAUGACCGCCCUCCGUAUGAUGAGCGUGUUCCUGUUAAGAUCUGAAAGAACUUCAAGAGGCACCAUCUCCAACUGCCACACGGCAGCCAGCAGCCCCAAGGGGCCCUAG